AUGAAAUCAAAUAAAAGGAAAUUAAACUAUUCAAAUAGUGUAAAUAAUAAUAAUAAUAAUAAUAAUAAUAAUAAUAAUAAUAAUGACAAAACUAGUAAUAAUAAUUUAAUAAAAGAAAUACCUGGUUACUAUUAUGAUCUAGAGAAACAUAGAUACUUUAAGAUAACAAAAGAAAAUAAACAUCUGAUAAACAAUAGUAGCAGAGCCGAUAGUUUAGCGAAUGAAAAUGCAAUAAUCGAGAAAAAGAAACAACAAUCAUCAAAUAAGUUUAUUGGUGCAAAACGACUAGUGUCAAUCAAUCACUUGUUAUUUCAAAAUGAACUCAAUCAACACAUGACCUCUAGAAUCAAAAAUAGAUCGAUCAAUUGUUGCAGCUAUAGUUUAAUCGAUAGCAUAUCGAAUCUAAUUACAAAAGAAUCAUUGUUCAACAUUGAUUGUUCACAGUUAACAGACAACAAAAAAAACAAAAGCGAUACGAAUUCACAGCAGCUCUUUAAUCAUAUUCAUCAAUGUACCAAUAUGGAACCAUAUAUCGUCAGUUAUAACAAUAUCGCUAGUAACAGUGAUGACAGUGCUGUUGCUACUGCAGGUAUACUAUGUUCUUUCAGUGGUGGAAUGGUUGGUCUCUACUCGAUGGGCGUAGAGAACAACAAACUAUCGAUUGCUUCCUCUAGUUUUACUUUUACUACAAACUCUAAUGAAGUAUCAUCUAUAAGAACAACAAAGAAUGCUCCUUCAAUUAUUUUAAUAUCAUGUUUAGGUAAUGGAAAUGAGAGUGGAAGUGCUACGUUGUAUAGAGGUCUUGAGAAAAUUAGAACAAAGAAGACUAGAGAUGAUAGUGUUUGGGUGAGUGAAUGGCAUCCCUCUGGAACAACGAUAUCUAUGGGUGGUGGUGGUGCUGUUUAUCUAUGGGAUUUACACAGUGAUUCACUACACAGACAAAUCAUUGCGAAAAGCGAUAUAUUUGCACAGACAUUCAAUAGCAACGGUACAAUCUUAUUCAAUGGUUCAAGAGACGGUCAGAUUCGUUCAUUCGAUCUAAGAAUGGAACAAAUUAAAUCAACUAUAAACACUAAUAAUAAUAGUAGUAAUGCUAAUACAAAUAAUAUUGAUAUUAAUAAUAUUUGGUUGGAUAAUGACAAUAACAAUAAUGAAUCUAUUGAAUAUAAGAAAACAAUGAUUUCCAAAAAGAAGAAACAACAAUUCGGUGGUAGUGCACCGGUUUGUUCGGUACACUCGAUGGCGUCCGAUGAUAAUUACCUGUUGGUGUCAACGAUGAAUGAGAUAUCGCUGUGGGAUCAACGUGUGGAAAAGCGAGUCGUUGAAUAUCAAGGUCAUGUCAAUAGCCACACUAUGCUACGAUCUUCGAUUUCAAGUUGUCAACGGUAUAUCUGCUCGGCUGGCGAAGAUAAAUUCGUACGUCUGUGGAAUGUCAACAAUGGUAGUCUCCUGAAAACACUUGGUCCAUUCAACAGCAUUGUUAAAUCCGUUCAAUUCUUUGAUCAACAUCAAUGGCUUGACAUCCAAUACGUACAGUCUUCAAUAUUUAACCAACAGCACAACCAAGAAAAUUCCUCGGAUAUGGAUAUUGACGAUACGAUCGUACGCACUACUUCAAAAUCAAAUAAUAAUGAUAAAUAUUUGGCAAUUUCAACCAAUGAAGGUUUAUUAUUUAAUAAAAUUUAUUAA